AUGGUAGCUAAAUGGAGUCAACAACAACAAGUAGUUAGUAUGGCAUCAAUUCAAUUCUUGAUAUUGCAAUAUGGACAAAGUAUGUUACCUCUUGAUCAAACCAUUUGCAAUGGAUCUUAUAUCAGUGCUGUCAAAUGUCAACAGGAUCCUAUUACACCUGGUGUAGACCAUAUUACUGAAAUUCAUAUAUCUCAAUCUUAUUCUGACUUGAUGGGACAACCCGAUCCCAAUCUACAACAAUUAGAUUUUCCAAAGUUGGCUUCAUUGUCUAUCAUUGCUGAUGGAACAAAGAACCCAGACUUGAAUAUCUUGGAUCGUAUUUGGAAUAUGCCAACCUUAACUAAAUUAGAAUUGACAAAUGACUCUUCGAUUAAAAAUAUUCCUUUUAAUUUUCCAAACAACUUGCCAGCUUUGGAUAAAAUAUUGAUCAGCAGUCCACCAUACCUUUCAAUUAACAGUCCAACAUUCUUUAACAACUCGAUUGCAUCUGCCAUUGAUUUGGAUGGUGUUAUUUUUGGUAACAUUACAAUCGACUCUACACUCAAUCUACCAAAUUUAAAGGCUGUUGUAUUAUCAAUCACUUCGCUACCUCCAAUCACUAUUGACAUUCAAGAAAAGUCAUUCCCAUCUCUAAAAUAUCUUAUGACUCUUUUAUCAUUACAUAAUACAACCUUUAUUGUGAAUAGUAAGGUCAUCGAGACAGUAUAUAUCGUCCGUGUCAUGUCCACUCCUUCACUCCUUGUACUUGGAAACCUGACUGGAUUAAAGACUCUAGAAUUGAUGGGUCAAUUUAUUCUCCCUGGUACUGAUUUUAAAGAAUUCUUAUCUUUAUCUGAAAUGGGAAUAGAUAUACCUUUACUUACAACCUACCCAUUUACAGCAUUUCCUUCAGCUCUAACAACAUUCAAAUUGAAUAAUGCUAAUUUUGCAAGUUCUCUUCCAACUAUCCCAGUUCCUUCAUCGCUCACAAUAUUUGAUAUGAAAAACAAUAAUCUUAUAAAUAGAUUCCCAAUUGAAAUAUUUCAAAAUAUAAAUGGUGUAUUUGAAUUGGAUCUAUCAAACAAUCCUAAUUUGCAAAUUGAUAUUCCAGAUAGUUGGUGUGAGUAUUCAAGAGUCAAUCUUGAAAAUACCACUAUAUCAUCGGUUCCUGAUUGUUUCUAUUGCUACUAUGGUGAUAAUAAUCCAAAAAUUAAAGUACCUGUUGCCCCUCCUUCUAGUUUUAUUUGUGAUAUAACAUUUGAUAGUUAUAAUUUAUAUUCAAUUUUUGGAGUAUUUAUUGUAAAAGGUAAUAAUAUUGGGUAUGGAUAUGGUAAUCCAAAAGCAUUUCCAUUUAUUCCAAACAAACAAAUUAGAUUCACCCAAACAUAUUUUACUGGUCCUCCAAGAGACUAUAAUAUAACGUUUUAUCCAUUGGGUGCAAAGAAUGUAACAUUUUCGAUAGUUGAAGCCGCCAUUGAUGCCUACUUUUCAAGUAUUCUUCUCAGUGCCAAUGGUACUCACAAAUUACAGGUUCAAUUUAGUGCAUUCAAUUCAUAUCUCAAUCAUAGUGUACUGUUUACAGACUCGAAUACCAAUUGUACUGUCAUCAACCAAACACCAAGUAGUUUAACCUGUUUAUUCCCAAAUACUACUAGAAUCUCUCCAUCCUAUAAAUUUAAAGUUUAUAAUCAAUAUUAUCAAGAUCAUUUUAGUAAUAAUUUUAAUUAUCCAACAGUAACAUCUGCAAAUUAUACUAUAGAAAAUAGAACAUUGACAUUGUAUGGAAAUUAUGGACCUAUUAAUCCACUGAGUAUUGUUACUGUAUCCAAUACUAUCAAUUGUAAAAUUGAUAUAAUCAGUUCAUCACUUAUUAAAUGUAAUCUUGAUUCAAUUCCACAACCUGGACCAGCAACAUUAUUUGUUAAUAUUGGUGGUUUAGAAUUUACCUCAUCAAAUUUAUUAUAUUUCCCAAAUAAUAAUAAUAAUAAUAAUGGUUCAACAACUGGUUCAAGUACAACAACAAAUGGAGGAGAAACAAAUCAACAAGUAUGUUCAAGAUUAACAUAUAAUUGUUAUGGUCAUGGUUAUUGUGAUAUUAAUGGUAUUUGCCAAUGUGAUGAAAAUUAUAAUCAAAUUGAUAAUUGUUUAACAAAAUAUAUAAAUACAAAUAUAACACCAAAUGCAACCAAUCCAACAGUAUCAUUUGAUAUUGAUGGUAUAGAUUUUCAAUUUGAAAUUUAUUCAAUUCAAGAAUUGGAUUAUGAUGGUUCAAUAUUGAAAGAGUUGUUAUUAACAAAUCAAACAUGGAAUGUUUCCAUUUCAACCAAUUAUAUUACAACUUUUGUAGAUUAUCAAUUAUUAUUGGGAAAUAAUAGCUCAAUGUAUCAAUCACUUUUGGUAUCUUCAGAGAUUUCAUUCUCUUCUAUGAAAAGAAAUGUUACAUUUGGUGAUACUCAAUUGGCUCUUGCACCUGGUGCAAUCAAGAUUGGAUUUACUAUCAAUCGUUGGCCAUACCAAUCAAACCUUGCAACACUUCGAGUAGUAUUUAAAUCUACCCUCAACAAUGAUCAAUCAAUCACAUUUGAUUGUGAAAAACAAUCAAUCGAUAGCUUUACAAAGGAUGAAUUAUCAGAAUCAAUUCAAUACUUGAGAUUUAUCAAAGAUAAUAUUCAAUUUAAUGGUCGGUUUAUUGAUUUUGUAUUAUCAGAUGGUAAAAAGGCAUACUCUAAAACAGAAUUAAUAUCUAUGACACCUAGUGACAGCAGUUCAGAUGAAUCAAUUGCAUUGAUUGGAAUCAACUUGCCUCAAUGUCAAUCAUGUCAAUUGGAUCCAGAUUUUACACCAUUAUUAAUUGAAAAUGACAGUAAUGAUUGUUCAUCACCAUCAAACACUUGGAAAAUUGCUGUUGGUGUUGUAGUUGGUGGUGUUGGUUUGGCUGCUGUUGCAAUUGGUGCAAUCAUUUUAAUUAAAAAGAAAGCAUCAAAAAAACAUUACAACAAUCAAUUACAUAAAUUAAAUAAAAGUUCCUCUGAAUAA